AUGCCUAUCCCCACAGAUCCAAGCACUCCUCCAUUAUCAGGAAAGGACGCAGCAGACGUGAUGGAUCAAGUCCGAGCGACGCCUCAUACUUCAUCACUGCCAAAGCCUGACCCUUGGUCCGUCCGUGCCGUAUUGUCUGGGCUUCCCAACCCUCCGCAAGAGGAAUCUCCGUCGCCGGUCGCAUUCUUCCACUACCUAGAGCGCCUGAAGGUUGAGAAGCGAGAGGGAUGGAGGCGCUUCGGCAUACUGCGGGGCGAGUCGAUUGCUGACCAUAUGUACCGCAUGGCCUUCAUCACCAUGUUCGCCCCACCAGCGCUGGCCUCCAAAUUGGACAUACCGAGAUGCACAAAGAUGGCACUCGUUCACGACAUGGCUGAAGGAUUGGUGGGCGAUCUCACGCCGGUCGAUGGUGUGCCAAAGGUAGAGAAGAACCGACGCGAGGCCGAGACGAUGGACUGGAUCAACAACAGCCUGCUAGGGCGGGUCUUCGGAGGUUCACAGGGGCAAGAGAUCAGAGCAGUAUGGCAGGAGUACGAAGACAGCGAAACUUUGGAAAGCAAAUUCGUGCACGAUGUGGAUAAGAUCGAAUUGUUGCUGCAGAUGGUCGAAUACGAGCGGGCAUACUCGUGUACGCUGGACCUGUCGGAAUUUUCGUGGGUCGCGACAAAGGUCGUGCUACCAGAGAUGCAAGAGUAUGCGAAAGAGAUACUGAAAGAGAGAAAGGACCUGUGGGACAGCAAGAACAAGGCGCCUCGAGAGCCUGAGGGAGCGCGGACUAUUAAGGAGCAACAUGACGAGUACUACGGUCAGAACGAUGCCCAGGCAAAUGGGACGGCAUGA